GAAAAAAGAUAACAUUAGGGUUUAAUAAUGAUAAUACUUUUACUAGGGAAAUGUUCCAUUUACUUGUUUUAAUAAAUACAUAAUAUUAUAAUAAAAUUAUUUCAAAUUUCAUUUGAGCCUCAUUUCUAGAAAAAAUUUAAAUAACGUGGCAUAAUUGAAACUAUGAUGUUUGAUUGAAGGGUAACAAGGAACGAUCCUCCGCCAGAUUCGCGAAAUUCGACCAAUACAGAUGCCAUUGACAUCAAUGAGAGAGAACGAUUGUUAGCACAGAAAGAACCAAAUUGUCGAGGACGAAGUUAUUUGAAUGUCAACCAAAACACCAAUAUAGUCGAACAGCUGCUUCAAAGCGACAAACUUCCGAAAAAUGAUAAUAUUCAAUCCAUGUUUAUAGAUUAUGGAAGAGGAUCUGAAAAAUUGAAAGAAGUUUGUGAUAAUAUUUGCAGAAUAAUAAAGAAAAAACUCGAUAAUGAUGCAAUUGAACACGUUUGGCCAGCACGGAAACUGAAAAGUGACAAAGUUGUUUUUGUUAUCGAAUCAAAGAAAGAAAUCAGAAUUAAAAAUAAAAUUCAAAGUGAUCUUGAACUUGUAUUACAUCAUCGAGAUAUUACUUAUGAGACAGAGAGCCACAUAGUCAUGGCCAAAGAAAGAGAAUGUCUGGAACAGAAAACCGAGUGUUUCGAUGACUUUAAAAGACUUCAAAAAUGCUUAACAAAACAUUCCAAUGAUUUGAUGAAUAAACAUAAAAACAUAACAGCCAUAAUGCCAAGUGUGGUUAAAUCAGUGAGUUAUGGUUCAUCCGGAAAGCAUACUUUGCUCGAAAUGCUAUGCAUUUCGGUUUACGUGGAAAGGAAAGUAAGCGGGUUAAUUCCACUUGAUGCAGAGCCAAUCUCAACAAUGGUAGAAUGUUUUCCAACAGAUAUUAUACAAGGUGAAUGUCGAUUUUUUGGUGACGGCCCUGAUGAGUAUCAUGCAAAUCUAAAAAUUGGAUUAGCUAUCCACGCUGAUGUAAAGAAUGAAAACGGACAUACAUUAGGUGGUACCUUGGGGUGUUUUUUGCAACAUGAAAAGUAUGAGUUGUGCUGCAUUACUAACGCGCACGUCGUUUUAUCACGGGACGAACUUCACAAUCUUUUUGAAUGUAAUUAUACUGAUUAUGGAUAUGACCAAGGGAAGCCCGUUUAUCAGCCUCUUAGUAAAAAAUCAAUGCCAUUUGGAAGAGUUGUUGCAGCGGCGUGUAAAGAGGGUCAAACUGACAUGCCUGGGGUAGAAGUUGCUUUGAUUAAAAUAUUAAACAGGCAGCCACAAUCCGGAUCCUUUCCACAAACAG